AUGUUUUUUAUCAUACUUGCUGUUGCUCUUGUGUUAGCGUUUUUGGUAUUGAUCUUGCCAAAGUUCUCAGGACUUACCACAAUAAAGCGGAACACUCAUUCCUCAGGAGUUAAAAAGAGACAAGACAAAGAAACAAAAUUUAAAUCAAGUGACGCAAGUAGUGUUUAUACUUAUAUACCACCCGACGAACUUGAAAAUAACAUCCAAAAAGAAGCAAAUCUCAAAUCUAAAGCCAGUGCAUUGAAAGAAAAACUUGAACUACACUCGGAGGACUUACCAAUUAGAAUUGAGUUAAAUCAAUUUGUCGAUAAGGAUAAUCACAUAAGAAAGAGAAAGGUACGAGAAGUAGAUUUGGAUAUGGAUCCGAAUAAGUACGAUUAUGACCUAGAUGACUUGAUUGCCGAGGAAAACGAAAUGGCACGACAAGAGCAACAAAGGGAACACUACAAGAACCAAAAAUUCGGAGAGACAAAGGAGGAAAUGGUUUGA